GGGACCCGCCCGGCGCGGGCGGUUCCGGGGCGGCGGCAGCGGCGGCGCAUGGCGGCGCUUCCGCUGCGGGCGCGGCGGCACCAUGAACUACAUGCCCGGCACGGCCAGCCUGAUCCAGGACAUCGACAAGAAGCACCUGGUGCUGCUGCGGGACGGGCGGACGCUCAUCGGGUACCUGCGCAGCAUCGACCAGUUCGCAAACUUGGUGUUGCACCAGACUGUGGAGCGCAUCCAUGUGGGCAAGAAGUAUGGGGACAUCCCUCGGGGCAUCUUCGUGGUGAGGGGCGAGAAUGUGGUGCUGCUGGGGGAAAUUGACCUGGAGAAGGAGAGCGACACGCCUCUGCAGCAGGUGUCCAUCGAGGAGAUCCUGGAGGAGCAGCGGGUGGAGCAGCAGGCCAAGCAGGAGUCGGAGAAGCUGAAGGUGCAGGCGCUGAAGGAGCGGGGGCUGUCGGUGCCGCGGGCAGACACGCUGGAUGAGUACUGAGGCUGCUGCAGGGAGCCAGGGCUGCUCCGUGAGCCGCCUGGGCAGGGACUCAGCUCCUUGGAAAGGCGCCUUUGAUGUUCAGAUUGUAUUUUCCGUGGUGCUGGUAACUGUACACAAAUCAUGCCUUUGGUCUCCUUCUGGAGAAGGAGAUGAGGAGGGCCCAGCGCAGUGGGAGUGCAAGCAUUUAUGUUUGGGAGGCAAAUCACUGCUCCUUCAGUUUGUUUGCUUUUUCCUCCUCACAUGACUCUGGGUGAGAGUUUUUCCUUGACAUGUAAAUAAAUCCUUGAUCCUGA